AUGACUUCACCCACCGUCGCAUUGAUUACAUGCAAGAAUCUGAAAACUGCCAGUGUCCUCGACGACACGGCCGUAGGAGGUCAUGCAAUGUUGGUAAGAAUUACGAUAGGAACGACUGUGAUGCAUCGAUUCUUGUCUGAUUUAGCGAAACGCGGUUUGCAAAUAGAAGAAGAUAGUUCGUUGGCGACAGCUGCAACAACUGCUUUCUGCAUCGUGGCUCCCACUCCUCCGGCUCAAUGUCGCUAUGCCCUGCGACGACGGCCCUGUCCAUCAUCGUCCAAUGAAACUUUCCCUUGCGUGGGCGUGACCGCAGCAUCCAGUGGCAGCUAUCCGAGCGACGAUGCUCGAUGUUGUGAAGUAAAAUCAGAUGGUGGUCCUUCGAAGAGGUCUAGGCUAGGAGUUUCCUGCGCCGUUUCAACGCUGAGGAGCAGGCAAGGGUCGGCGGAACCUGAUUCCUUACGUCUUUCCAUAUUGGACUUGCUUCCUGACGAAAUCCUGUUUCGCAUCUUUUCAUAUCUGCUCGAAGGUGACCUGUGUCGCGUAAUGAGCGUCAGCCGCACAUUUUAUCGCAUAGCCAACGAUACCCUCAUCUGCUCCGUAAAUAAGAAGCCCAUACUGGAGCCGAGUUUUGAGUCAUUGUCCUCCAGUAUCACGGAGUUCACCUAUGACCCGGAAAGUGGUGAAACGUUCCCGGCAUGGUAUGUCCGCUUUGAAGACGUGUUUCGAGUCGAUGGCAAAAUGCUGGAUGAUGCAGCCCGGAUGCGAUUAUUGCUCCGAAAGGUGGCGACUCCCAUUCACAAACAAUACGUCGAUUUCAUCCUACCACACCACCCCCAUGAUGUUUCGUUUAAAGAAACGGUCCAAAUUCUAUCAUCGAUGUUUGGCCCCCAAACCUCCCUCUUCAACGUGCAUUACAAAUGCCUGAAGAUGAAGGAAGAGGACCGUGAAGAUUUCAUCGCUAUGACUAUGACGGAAGAGUAAAC